CUCGAUCGCAACAAUGGAGUACAGCGGGCUCUACUUCAUCCCCACCCCCACCGCCCAACCCGCCGACUCCUCCACUACUGCGUCCACUUUAAUAUCCUCUCUCGAAACGCACUUCCACACGCUCACGCGCAGCACACCAUGGGCGCUAACCUAUCGUCUUUUCCGCGAUACACCACCUCGCUCCUUCUCCGACCUCUCCGGUGACCCAACACCCUUCGCGCACACAUACCAACACUUCCUCACGCACACAUCGCUCAGUCAGAACCGGGCGUACAUCCACUUUGCCCCUCCUCCAAACUCAAACAAAGGUUCCGGCAGCGUCGCAGCUAUACCAGCGCAGCAGAGCGACGCACAAGCAUUGUUGCUAAGGACCCAACUCGCAGCGCUAUGGAGUCCGCGACACACGUUGAGCGUGCAGAACGGAGCUACAUACACCGGCGGCUCGUUCACCGUUCAGAUUGGCGAGGUGCGCGCGUUGAGGGAGGCGCAAGGCGGUGGAGUGAGUAGUCCGGGGGUAGUCGUUUGCAUUUCGACGAUCGCUGGAGGCGAAGAGAGUGACACGGCAGGAAACGGUACUGGCCUGAACGGCAACGGAGAGGAAAAAUUGGACUUCGGAUUUGUGCAGGCUACGAUACGAGAGUUUUGGGGAAAGAUCAAAGAGGGUAGGGAUUUAGGCAGAGCAGAGGUGAGGGAGGCGUUCAUGGUGCCUAAGGAGGGUGGGAGGAGCGAGGAGAAAGACGCUGUGGUCAGAAUGUGGUGCGAUGUUUUGAGAUUGAGGGGCUGAGGAAGAUCAAGACACUAGCAAGAAAGAAGCGGCCAUGCAAUGGUCGUGGAGGCGUUGUGGCUUGCUCGUCCCUCGUGUGCUGGUGAACCAGGAUUUCCAGCUCACAUGGUUUUUAUGAGGUCUUGUCUUGAUAAUUCCUCACCAUGCUGCAGAGGACGAGGGAAAGGCCAGGUAUGGUUAGGCCAGGCAUGGUUAGGCCAGGAUUAAGCCGCCGUGUGGUCCUGGAGAUGUUGACAGACACAACACCGCCUAUCAAGUGGUCUACCGCGCGGCGACAGAAAGCGUAGCAAGGGAAGCCGUGAAGUAGCGAAGCAAGGCUAGCCAAGUUGGAUAGGUACCAACUUCACAGAGAUUGAAGGCCGAUUAGAUAGUUUAAAAAGU